GUAACGGUCGUCGUCUCACUCGGUUUGUUGACGUUUGCUGCAGCACAGCAGCGGCUAACGCUAGUGACGGGGCUCCAGCGGCGUGGUGUGGAUCAAUGAAGCCGACGAAGCUAGUUGAGUCGGCUUCAAUGGGGUCUAAAGGUGGAAGAUGAUCGCGUCACUUUCCAGAGGAAGCCUGCUGGAUGAGGUUCUCCACGGAGGCUUCAACGAGCAGCAGCUGGCCGCCUACGUUUCUUGGGUGAACUCUCAGCUGAAGAGGAAGCCGGGCCUGCAGCCCAUCACCAGCCUCAGGCGAGACCUGCAGGACGGGGUGGUGCUCACGCAACUCAUAGAGAUAGUUGCAGGGGAAACGCUGGACGGGGUCCAUGUUGCUCCGCAGAACAAAGAGGAGAGCGGGAAGAACGUGGAACAAGUCUUGCAAUUCAUUUCCUCCAGACGCAUACACAUGCCACACAUAUCCGCAAGAGACGUCGUCGAUGGUGAUCUGAAAUCUGUAAUGAGGAUAAUUCUGGCGUUGGCCGCCCACUUCAAACCCUCAGCCAAUCACAGGGCUGGAAGUGGGAGGAGUCUGACCAGAGGCUCUGUCAGCCACAACCCUCUGUCCACCGUUGCACUGGCACAAGGCGCCGCCGCUGCACUGGCGUCGGCGCGGCUCGACGCCUCGCAGCCGACACGCACCACCCGUCUCCAGAGUGGUGUCCGUGCUCUGGUGAAGCAGUAUGAAAGAGGAGCUCCGGAUGAGCCGGGCAGUCCCCAACCUAGCAGGAAUAAUCAGAUGCAUGUUGUCCCCCUCUCGAGCUUCAGCUGCGUCAGUCCCAUGUCGUCUCCGACAGCUUCGGACAGACCGCCGGACGACCCCCGGCCCCCGGAGGGCGGCGCAGAGACAUCCCUGGACGUUUCUCUCAGUGACACGUUGGAGAAGGAGGUGCAGGAGACGCGUCACAUGGUGUCUACCUUACAGGCUCUGCUGCUGCGCGGCUCGCUGCCUGAGGAUGAGCAGGAUGCGUCUUUAGCUGCGGACCAAGGCGCCGCUGAACAGCAGCUGGUCGUCGUUCGUGGCCGUUUGGAUCAGAGCAUGGAGGAGGCUCGGGAGCUGAAGAGGGAACUGCUGCGCUGUAAGCAGGAGAUGAGAAACCUGCAGGCGGUCAAGGACGCCCAGCAGCAGCGGCUGUGCUCUCAGGAGGCCUCCAUCCUGCAGAUGAAGCAGGAGCUCCUCAGAGCCGGCAUGACGGCGGACGAGCUCAAUAACCACAAUGCCGAGCUGCAGUGGAAGCUGGAGGACUGCAACAAGAUGUGGGGAGAAUGCAAGAAGGAGGCGGGGCAGAAGGACAGACUGCUGCAGCAACUCAAACACAAGCGGGAAAAUGAAUUGCAAAGAGAGUUGGAGCAUAACAACAUCUCACAGAUUCCCACCAGCACCGAACACAACGGGCAUUCGUUCCCUGGAAGUCCGGCUCCGCCCAUGUCAGACGCAGAGGAGGUUCAGCUGCUCAGAGAUUCACUUCGCAGUCUGAGGAACGACUUCAGAGACCACGACCCUCAGCACCACACGCUGGACACCCUGGAGCAAGGCAUCGUGUCGCUCAUCGACCGGCUGCACCUGCUGCACACACAGCGGGGAAGAGGGAAAUCUCCAAGACGCAAAGGCCAACACACGGACUCCGACACCCGGCCGUGCACAAAGGUUUGUCAAUCCCACAACGGUCCUUCUGCCUCCACUAAAAUCCUUUAUUUUAUUGGGAAAUCGCCAACACCUUCCAUGAUCAACAUACCAAAGAGGUUGGGGGAGGUUACUCUGAGGGACGUGAAGGCGGCGGUGGAUCGAGAGGGGAACUAUCGGUACCACUUCAAAGCCCUGGACCCGGAGUUUGGCACCGUGAAAGAAGAGGUGUUCCUGGAUGGAGCGAUCAUUCCGGGCUGGGAAGGGAAGAUCGUGGCCUGGGUAGAAGAGGACCGCGGCGAGGAAAGGCCUUUGUAGGUGCGAGAUGAAGGACACGCCACUUUUCUUUCGCUCCGGGUCCCUCUCGCCCGAAGAGACGCGUCUCGACAACCGUUGGACACUUUUGAGUUUUUUAAUUAUUAGUGAAAUACUGUGAGAGAUUCCGGGUGGAUCAGCUGGUUAGAAACACAGCCGACGCUCUGGAGACUCCAGAAGACGGGGAAGCUCAGUGCCUGACGGAGUCCAGCUGCUUCCACGCUUGCUACUGUAUUAUCAAAACUGGACGGAAACAUUAUUUCUGCUCUCUGAAGUUGUGUUUGUGUUUCCCCUCCAGAGGUUUGUACUGUGUUUAAGAAUUUUGAGAUUUUUUUUUUUUCAUUCCUCGUUCAGCAAUGAAGUCUGUGACACAAAUACGACUGUUAGAAAUACGUACGGACCGUUGUUAUUUAGUUUAGGUACAUUUCAGUUUACUGUGAAUAUCAAUUCAAUAUACAGUAUUAUCUAAGAGUUUAGAAACAAUCUGUUCCAUGUGAGAAAGAACAAUUCUUACAUUUACAAACUUUGAGCAACUUGAUUGUGUUUUGGUGCUGCACGCGCUCGGUGACAUGCAGUGUGGAAGAUAACGCGAGGAGUGGACGGCGACGGUCAUCUGGAGAGGUCCAGACACAAAUAUAUAUUUAGCAACAAUAAAAUGAACAAACACUGAGGACCCAAAUCCAGAUGUGGGUUUAAAUGUCACGUUGGAGCUGAAACUGAACGAAUGCUGGAACGUUGGUGUUCGUGUAGAAAUGCAGAUGAACAGCACUGUUGUUGUUUUGUUUACUUUGUGAAAUUGUUUUGUAUAUUUGUGUAAAAUAAUGUUCACUCUGUCCUUCAUUUUAAUUUUAAUGCUCAUGUUUCUUAUUUGUUUAAAGAGAUUCCUGUGAGAUUAGAAUACGCUUCUGCUCCAAAAGAUGCCCUAGUUGUGAAUUUGACAUCCGCCAUUUAAAGGAGACAGUGGACCGUCCCACUAUUUAUGGUGUGUGUGCAUAUAGACUGGAUUUAAAAAGUGUGUGUGUGUGUGUGUGAGAUUGUUCCUUCACUCUGCUUCCAUGUGUUUGCCUUCACUAACAAGCCAACUGAAAUAUGCAUCAGUCUACUUUUAUAUUGACAUGUUUGAAUGCCAUAACUGCCUGUACUGUAAAAUGUACAAUUUACUUGUGAGAUGGUUAUAAUAUACGGUUACUGUCUGUAAAAAAAAAAGACAGUUGUUGAAUUUCAGAAAGACAGUUCAUUUUCAAUAAAGUUUUGUUUUUAAAAGUAAA